AUGGAGGAAUUACAGAACGCAUUGACUGAUAAGAGCUUAACUAUCUCGACGCUUCCCGAAAAGGGCCGCUGCCUUUUCACCGCCCGACAUUUUUCCCCAGGGGAGGUGAUUUUAACUGACAGCCCAUAUGUUUGUGUUCCCAAUAAGAACAAAGAGUCGCCUGAACCCAAGUGCGAGUGGUGCUUUUCAUCAGCCGACCUCAAGAAAUGCUCUGCUUGUCAUGUUGUUUGGUAUUGUAGCAGCAAAUGUCAGAAGUCGGAUUGGAAGAUGCAUAGCGUGGAAUGCUCGGCAUUGAAGAAAGUUGACAAGGAAAGGUUGAAAUCACUCACGCAAUCUAUUCGUUUGAUGGUGAGGCUUUGUAUACGGUUUAAGCUACAGAAUCAGAAGAUUUUACCGAAUACUGCCACAGAAAAUUACAAGCUUGUGGAAGCCUUGGUUUCUCACAUAUCUGAAGUCGACGAAAAUCAGCUGAUAUUGUAUGCUCAGAUGGCUAACCUUGUCAACUUGAUACUCCAGUGGCCUGAUUCUGAUAUUAAUAUCAAACAGAUUGCUGAAAAUUUUUCUAAGCUAGCAUGCAAUGCACAUACUAUUUGUGACAGUGAACUGAGACCCCUCGGAACAGGACUUUUCCCUGUAAUUGCCAUCAUAAAUCACAGCUGUUUACCCAAUGCUGUUCUUGUAUUCGAAGGAAGAGUAGCUGUCGUACGAGCCAUGCAGCAUAUACCAAAAGGUACAGAGGUAACAAUUAGUUAUAUAGAAACAGCUGGAAGCACCAUCACUCGGAGAAAAGCUCUUAAAGAACAGUAUUUUUUUACUUGCGCUUGUGAUCGCUGCAUAAAAUUGGGUCAACCAGAUGACAUUCGAGAAAGUGCGAUUCUAGAAGGUUAUAGAUGCAAGGCUGACCAAUGUAGUGGAUUUCUACUCCGUGACCCUGAUGAUAAAGGGUUCAUCUGCCAAAAGUGUGGACUUCUUAGGAGCAAAGAGGAAAUUAGUAACAUCACCAAUGAAGUUAAACGUAUUUCGGAAAGAGCAUCCCAGUCACUUUCCCCUGGCCAUAAAGCUGAGGCAGUUGAGGCUUAUAAGAUGAUCGAGCAGCUUCAACUGACGCUGUGCCACCCAUUUUCGAUCAAUAUUAUGCGGACGAGAGAGUCUCUUCUAAAGAUAUCGAUGGAGCUGCAGGAUUGGAAAGAAGCACUUUCUUAUUCCAGAUUGAUAAUCCCGGUUUAUGAGUGGGUGUACCCGAGCUGCCACCCGUUGAUCGGGCUGCAGUAUUAUAUGUCUGGAAAGCUCGAAUGGUUGUUGGGGGAGACCGAAAAAGCAGUUAUGUCGUUUACGAAAGCUUUAGAUGUACUGAGACUCACUCAUGGAACAAAAACUCGGUUCGUGAUGGAGCUUCUGGAUAAGCUAGACGAGGCUCGUGCAGAGGCUUCUUACAUGCUUCGGUCUCCAGAUGACGAUUGA